AUGGGCCGCGACACCAAGUAUUGGAAAGACGCCGACACAUUCCGUCCGUCGCGGUUCAUGGCGGGGGAAGGGGAGGCAGCUGGGGUCGACUUCAAGGGCGGGUGUUUCCAGUUCCUGCCGUUUGGGUCUGGUCGUCGCUCGUGCCCCGGGAUGGCGCUCGGCCUGUACUCGCUAGAGCUCGUUAUUGCGCAGCUCGCCCACGGGUUUAAUUGGGCGCUUCCCGACGGCAAGAAGCCGUCGAAGCUCGACAUGGGUGACAUUUUCGGCCUUACCGCACCGCGCGCCACAAGGCUCUGGGUCGUGCCCACGCCCCGACUUACCAGCCCUUUGGUUGUUGAUGUCUGA